UAAAUAUCAAACCUCGCGGCACGGAUGCGUGAUUAUAAACUAUAGUUCUCUCCCUCGAUUUUGUUCAGUUCACAUAGCAUUUGUGGUAAUUUGGUACCUUGGAAUAAACUAUGCCUAUCUUAAUUAUCAAUACUAAUUUACCUCGGGCGAAAAUCCCACAAGAUUUCUUGUCCAAAGCUACUGAAAUGAUGUCGAAGCAGAUUGGCAAACCAUCAAAGUAUUUUACCAUUUGUGUCCAUCCUGACCUAAUAAUGAGCCAUGGAGGGUCGGAUGACCCAUGUGCUUCAGUUUAUGUUGCUUCUAUUGGAAAACUAGGGCCAGAUGUCAACAAGGACCAUUCAGCAAAUAUUGGAAGCUUUAUCCAUGAAACUUUAAAGAUUCCAAUGGACAGGUUUUACAUACAAUUCAAUGACUUACUUCCUUCUAAUGUUGGUUAUAACGGUACAACGUUUUAAAAUGUUAGCUGAAGCUUCACACCAAGUCUCAAUUUAUACAGAAGAAAACAUUAAAGACAUGGAAAAAUAAACAAAGAAAAUAGUAAAAUAAAAAAUAUGAA